ACUACUUCAGUCAAUCCUUUCACUGCUACGAACUCUUCUCGGCUAUGAAGGCUUUGAUCUACUGCGCUAUCCUUGGCGUCGUUGUGGCCGACAGCCGCAACGGAUUCAACGGAAAUGGUAACGGUUACGGAGCGCCUCCCCCUCCCAGCAACGGAUAUGGGGCACCCACAAACGGAUUCAACGGAAAUGGAAACGGUAAUGGCAACGGUAACGGUUACGGAGCUCCUCCCCCUCCCACCAACGGAUAUGGGGCACCCACAAACGGAUUCAACGGAAAUGGAAACGGUAACGGAAAUGGUAACGGUUAUGGAGCACCUCCUCCGCCCACCAACGGUUAUGCAGCUCCUAGGAACACCUAUGGCACGCCCAACGGCGCCUAUGGAGUAGACCCUGAGAUCGCCGCUUUGGCCGAGAACAUUCCAGGGGGCGGCGUCCCCGGCGAGGACUACCCCAUCUUGGCUUCCGUGCCCGACACCGGAUUCUCCUGCGAUGCCCAGGCGGUGCAAGGUUAUUACGCCGACACUGCAGCUGAAGCCGGCUGCCAGGUGUUCCAUAUCUGCCAGGACCGCGCCCUCAGGCGCCAACAGGACUCCUUCCUGUGCCCCAACGGUACCAUCUUCAACCAGCAGUACCUGGUAUGUGACUGGUGGUUCAACGUGGACUGUUCUCAAGCUGAGAGCUUCUACUCCGUCAACGAGCUCAUCGGAGUCGUUCCCGACGCCGGAUACGCCUAUGGACCCGCCACCAACGGUAACGGUAACGGUUAUGGCUCCAACGGCAACGGAAGGAAUGGAAACGGUAGGAACGGAAGCAAUGGAUACGGUUCCAACGGAAACGGAAAGAACGGAAACGGAGGCAGCAACGGCAAUGGCUACGGUGCUCCCCCUGCUCCAAGCAACGGCUACGGUGCCCCAGCUGCCCCUUCCAACUCCUAUGCAGCUCCUUUCUAAGCUAGAUUUGUGGUCUCAUGCCUACUUUUUUCUCUGUAUAUUCAUCCUUUGCUUGAUACGAACCACCUUGUUCUCAAACGAAACCGUUCUCUUCCUUAGAAUAUAUUUUCCAUUCUUAAAUUAUGACAGACCUGAUUGCCUUUGCAAUUUCAAAAUGUUUUUGUGAAAGACCAUUAUUUUUGUAAAUAUGAGAAAUCUGAAUAAAAGAUAUUCUGAAUCUA